CCUCCCCCGAGGGCGACGCCUCAGUGGCUACCAUGGAGACGAUUAACACUGUGGAGAACCAAGUGCCUUUUCUCAAAGAGAGUUUCUUCACCAGCACCUUCAAAGAGAAGCGCAAGAGCAGCGCAACCGGCGUCCUACGCCGACAGCAGCAGUCUUUCGGAGCUCAGCAGCAAAUUUCCGGUCUUCCCGAGCAUCUCAACGCGUUACCCUCUGAGCAGCGGCGCUUUCGCUCCAACAGCAGCCCGUUAUGCAACAGACCUGAAUGGAGGGGAGCAGAUGGGGGGAGAAAGGAGGGGCAGUGGGAGAGGAAGGAUCAGAGCGCCCUGUCUGGAAGGGGGGGCGAGCGAGGGAUGAGUGUCGGUGGCGGCGAGCCCGUGGCCGUCACCGCCAGUCUCCGCCUCCUCUCGUCGUCAUCGGCAGCAGCAUCCUCACGGCUGCCUCAGAGUGCAUUGCGUAAGCAGGCGGGAUUUGGCGUAGGAACCCGCGAGGACCCCCGGCCGCAUGCCGGCUCUCGACCCCAGCAGCACGGCUUCUUAGCCAGGGGGGUCCGCCUGCUCCGCAGCAUGGGCAACCAGGAGGCCAAGCAGAAGAAGGCGGGCAAUGGCGCGGGAGGCAAGGAUGGAGAGGCCGGAGAGAGUGAAAUGGAGAAGAAAUCCAAAAAGUCCAACAAGACCAGCAAAGGGGAACAAAGUGAGAAGAAGAAAUCUAAGUCGGAUUCCAAGGUGUCAGUGUUCUCCGGGAUGAAGAUCAGGAAGACUUCCAAGGCCAAGGGAUUGUCCAAGGAUGACUUGCUGGAGGACGAAAGGUCGCUCCACGCAGCUCGUAAAGCCGGAAGGGAGGCCAGCCUGUCGGCCGAUGAGAUGGGCACGUUGUCGGAUUUUGAGGGCGACUUAAGCCGCUUGACGGCGGGCAGCCGGAAAUCCACCCUGGAUGAAUCGUGCCACAAAGCCGGCUCGGAAUCCGACGGGGACAUCUACAGUUUCCACUCGGCCACUGCUGACGCCGAGGAUCUUCUGUCGGAUAUCCAGCAAGCCAUCAUGGUCCAGCGUGAAGACUCCGCCGAAAAGCAUCAAGCUUCGAACGGCAAAUCCGAGAAUGAAAGCACGCUCAUGCCGAGAGAUUGGUCCGUGCCCGGCUCGUUGAGCGAGAGUGGACCGUCCUCUGCGCCGGACACGGAGAGGAGCAGUGGAAGCCUUUUCCCGAAGACCAAUAGCACCUUCAGCUUCCCAGAUUUAACCACCACCCCAUCCUCUUACGAGAGUGCCGAGGACGACCUGGAGAGCCCGGUUCCGCGCAGUCAAGAUAACCGGACUGCUCAGGGCAAUUUAGCAGGUGCGCCGUGUGUCCGGCUCGAACCUGCCGGCGUGACGGCGCCCGCGGGGGCUCACAAGAGCGCAAGCAGCACCGACUUAUCUUUUCAGCGAGGGGAGGAGGACCGCAACGCUGGCCGUGACUUCCUCUCCCUGAGGAAGAAGAGCAGCCUUUCCAUCAGCCUGCUGACGACCGAGACCCCUCCCAGGCCAACUUCCGCCAUCUCCCCGUCCACCGUCAAACUUUACCCUCCCGUGCACCCCUCCUACGUCAAGACCACCACCAGGCAGCUCAGCUCCCCCAUCGGCUCUCCACUCACCAGCCCCUGCGUGCCCAGAAGAACCGACUCGGGAGAGCCUGAAGAUCUCCAGGUCGUCAGGGGGCGCAAGCAGAGGUCCAGCUCCAUUGCGGGGCCCCUCGGGACAUCGGAGGACUGGGACGGCGCCGGAGAUGGAGCCGUCUUCUUGGAGCCGGAGCAAGUGGAGAAGGGAGCUAUGUACUGGACACUGGGCUCCAGGAGAGCCCAGUAUGGACACUCAAGGUCUUCCAGGGGGACGGCGUCCUACCUGGACAUCUUCUCUGGCCGCACUCUGCUGGACAGGCUGUGUAUGCACCAGGACGAGGGCUCAUCCGAGGAGCAGGCCCAGGAGAUGUGUCAGCGAAUGUUGACUCGGGGCCUACUGCACCUUUUCGGCGACAUCGGGGCGGAUCGCCCCAGCAACGCCAAGCCCGGAUUUAACGCGGAGCAACUGUACACCUGGGCCACCGUGGGGCUGCCGGUGUCGUCGCACUUGUGGGAGCUCUACGGCGGCAGAACACCAGCCAGAGUGCCAAGUUCCAAAGUAGCUUUGAAGGCCAAGUCAGCGGUGCCGUCUCACCCUCAGACCGAGCCCAGCAGGUUGAAGUCAGGUCAGUCGUCCUCCGAGGACGAAGGUGGCAUCAUAUCCCAGCUGGAGAAGACCAUCCUGGACCUUCGCGUGAAGAUGGCCGUGCUGCAGAGUCAGCAGGUUGCCUCAACAAAGGCCGGCGGGGAUGACGGCAGGGGCCGGGAGGCGUUUGUUCAGACCUCGCCGCCGGGAGACGGGCUAAAGUCGAACAUAAGCACCAGCCUCCCCAAACCCGAGGUGAGCUUUGUCUGCACGUGCCAGCAGAGACAGGAGAACAAGACGAUCCCGCCGCUGCCGCCUCCUCCACCUUUACCUGGACUUGGAUCUUGCCCGCCUCCACCGCCUUUACCUGGACUUGGAUCCUGUCCCCCGCCUCCUCCACCACCACCACCGCCACCUGGUUUUGGAGCUCCACCUCCGCCUCCUCCACCACCACCACCGCCACCUGGUUUUGGAGCUCCACCUCCUCCUCCGCCGCCGCCGCCUCCCGGAAUGGGCCCCCCUCCUCCGCCACCGCCCCCGAGCCUCGGCCCCCCACUCCCACCACCACCACCGGCGGGCCCCAGGAGCUCCACUGCGGUCCAGGAAGCUGCUCCUGCCAAGGCCGUGAUUGAGCCCCCCAAGCCAAUGAAACCCCUCUACUGGACGCGCAUUCAGCUGGACGCUAAGAAGCAGAGCGCUUCAUUAGUUUGGGAGAAAAUUCAAGAACCGACGGUGGACUUUGAAGAAUUUGUGGAUCUCUUCUCCAAAAGUGCUGUCAAAGAGAAGAAAAAGCCCAUUUCUGACACAAUCAGCAAGUCCAAAGCCAAGCAGGUAGUGAAGCUUUUGAGCAACAAGCGUUCUCAAGCUGUCGGUAUCCUGAUGUCCAGCAUCCACCUUGACAUGAAGGACAUCCAGAAUGCCGUCCUCAAUAUGGACAACACCGUGGUGGAUCUGGAGACCCUGCAAGCGCUUUAUGAGAACCGCGGCCAAAAUGAUGAGAUGGAGAGCAUCCGGAAACACGUGAAGUCGGCGCAAGACAAGGUGGACGCAAAGCCAUUGGACAAGCCCGAGCAGUUCCUCUUGCAGUUAUCGGAGAUCCCCAACUUCUCCGAAAGGGUCUUCUGCAUCCUUUUCCAGUCCACUUUUUAUGAAUGCAUCACCUCCAUUGCCCGCAAAAUGGAAAUUCUUCAAAGAACAUGCAAAUCUCUUCAGAGUGGCAAGUGUGUAUUGCAGGUUCUGGGUCUGGUUCUGGCGUUUGGUAACUUCAUGAAUGGAGGGAAUCGAACCCGCGGGCAGGCUGAUGGCUUCACCUUGGACAUUCUGCCCAAGCUGAAGGACGUCAAGAGCAGCGAUAACUCCCAGAGUCUUUUGUCCUACGUGGUUGCUUACUAUCUGAGGCACUUUGAUGAGAACGCCGGAAAAGAGACGUGCCCCUACCCUCUACCCGAGCCGCACGACCUCUUCCAGGCCUCCCAGAUGAGGUUUGAGGACUUUGACAAGGAUCUGCGCAAGUUACGGAGAGACCUGACCGCGUGCUCCAGAGAGAUGGAAAAAGUAUGCAAGCUGUCCUCUGAAGACAACCUCCAGCCCUUCAAGGACAAGAUGGACGCCUUUGUCAGCCAAGCCCAAACUGAGCUGGAGACACAGGAGAAACAACUGGCAGACACUCAAAAAACCUUCUUGGAGCUGAGCACGUCCUUCUCGGUCAAACCCAAAUCGGGAGAAAAGGAGGCGUCGCCCGGCACUCUUUUUGGACUUUGGCAUGAAUUUUCCACUGAUUUUAAAGAACAUUGGAAGAAGCAGAACAAGCUGAUGCUAAAGGAACGGUUGAAGAUGGCGGAAGAGUGUUUCAGACAGGCCAAGGAAAAAGCAUCGUACAACAUCAAACCCAAACAUGCAACUGGCAUCAAAGCGAAGCUGGGCCAGAAAAUGUAAAGCAGAGAACGGCAAUCACCCAGGCGACUGCGGUAGUACAAUCCGACGUGGCUCCUCAGUCAUUUUUACUCCAAAGCGUUCUUUUUUUACAAAUCAAUUUAAUACUGUUGUUUAUCGCACGUUGGCCUAUUUAAAGCGUAUCGAGAGUGGAAUGCUCAGCCCAUUUCUGGCAGCACUUAUUGAAUUAUUGCUUGCAAAAGACAAACUCAGGCCUCGGGGAUUAGAGCGGAGAGGCCAGAAAAUGCUCGCUGCAAAUUCGUAGCAACACUGUAUGCAUACGUUGGAUUUUGAAAGCCAUAUGUUUUUUUCUUUUAGUGCAAUAUCUCAGCCGACUUUACAAGCAAGCAGUUUUUCAACGUAGAUCAUUUUGACACGGUGCCUUAUCAUACACGAGUUGACAAAUGAGUGCUGGACAAGACGGAUUUUAGAGACGUAUCAUCUGUGAUUGAAUCUUUCUAUUCAGAAAACAUGACUUCACUUUUAUCCUGCUUCGUGUUGUGAUGUCAUCAAGCAAAAAUUGCUCACUUUUUUUAAUUCUUACCCAGCUCAUUUUCUUAUUGUCAUUCCUAUCAUACGUGCUAUCGGAGCAAGCGGAUCACAUGACAUGUUUAGGAUCCAACACCUUUGACCGUGAAAAAGAUCUAUAUAUACAUAUAUAUUUAUUGAAUAAAAUAAUUUACAUUAAUUUU